UUGAUUUACCAACUAUUUCUAUAUCGGCAUUACACUUGGAACAAGUUUUAGUAGGUUAGACGCCGUCGGCAAAAUAUUUUUGUCUUGUAGUUUGCUGUUCAAAACAAGCGACAGUCGCUGUCACUGGAUAUACCUACAGGAAUCAGCAAAAUGAACAUAAUAUUAGGGAUUUUUCUGGUUGCCUUCACCCUUCAUUGGGAAAUAGGCAAUUCUGCUGAGGUAAGUGGGGAAGCAGAGAUACGCGGAAUUUGCAAGAAAAUUUGUGCAGUUCGAGGCCAAUGCACUAAUCCAAAAGCGAAACCAUGUCAAGCGUGUCAAAGAAAUUGUAGGACGUUUAUUGACACUAUUGAACUGAAGGAAAAUGAAGCUGAGGUGAUUACUCUGUAUUCAACUAUUCGUCGUUUGGUCGAGUUGGCAGGCACUCGAGGUGAUCAAGGUGAGGAAACAACAAAUCUGUUGAAAAUCUUAGUAAAAGCAAUGGUUCAGCAAGAAGAUAAUGAAAUAGAUCAAGAGGAAAGCGCUAAAACGGAAGAUGAAGAACCACAUUCACAAUAUGAACGCAUUGAAAAGCAAUGUAAAGCAAUGUGUAAUUUUCAGAGAUGCGAAGCAGAAAACUGUUGUCGUACCUGUACUUCGGAAUGUAUCGACCAAUAUUACUCGCUGCUCGAAACUCAAGAAAUAUCCAAAUUAAUAAAAGAUUUUGUACAGAAAAUAAGUGAAAUAGAGAUCGUAGAAGAAAAAGUAAUGACAUAUUAUGCAGGUGAAUAUGAUUUGAAGAUAGACGAUGUCUGCAAAGCCAUGUGCAAUCUUCAAGGGCAAUGUAAAGAAGAAUUUGACAACUGUAAAAUCUGCACCUCAGAAUGUUCUGCAGAAUUUACAAGAUUCGUUGGCACAGACUCUCUUGAUGAAGAGUCACGAAAUACGCUGCAGAAAAUUUUGCUUGUUAUAUCUAAUGCUGAUGUUGGGUCGAUCUUGAUGACAGAAGAAAUGCCCGUAAUUUUAAAAGAUUUUCUACAGAACCUAACAAAAACAAAUAAAUCAAAGAAUAAAAAUCCACAAGAAGCAACAAGACAGCCGACAGAGUUGGAAUACAUGUUAUGCGACGAAGUAUGCAAGGUGCAAGGCAAAUGCAAUUUGGGGAAUUCUCCUGAAUGCAAAACAUGUUUUGACAAAUGUUUGAAUUCAGUGAAUAUAACGAACGGGAUGAUUUUAUUGGACGACAAAACUUUUGAUCAAUAUCGGAAACUUAUGUCGAUAUUUUUGCUGAAUUUAGAAAAUAACUCCAAUUUGAAGAAUUUACUGGGCUCUGGAGAUAUUGACGAUUUGCAGUAUUUUUUUCUUUUCGCAUACACAUUAGAAGAUGAUAUUUUCUUGAAUGAUCAGGAAACAAUACAAUAUAUGAUGUCUGUCAUUCGAAAACUUGAAAAUUCAACUCUGGUAUCCAUUGUUACAGAUGAUGAAAAUAAAGAAUCCCGUUCACAAUCAGAAGAGCUUUGUAAAGCUAUGUGCAAGUUUCAGGGAGUAUGUGCAGAAGCAGAAGACAGUUGUCGAACAUGUACUUCGGAAUGUAACAAACAAUUGGUUUCCAACAAAAUGUUGGAAAAUAUUAACGAAGACACACAACUACAAUUAGAAAGAUUACUUCUUGUUAUCAGAAAUAGCGAUGAUGAUUCUCUUCUCGAAACUCCCGAAAUGUCAAAAUUAGUGAAAGAUUUGCUACAGAAAAUACGUGGAAUGGACAUCGUAGAAGAAAAAGAUCAAAAAGAAAAUGUUGAUAGAGAAAAUGAAGCUGAAUUUCAACUCAGAAAACUGUGCAAAUCAAUGUGCAAGCUCCAGGGGAUGUGUAUUGAUACACAAAGCUGCAAAAUCUGUACAAUGGAAUGUGUUGAACAACUUAAGAGUGAUGAAUAUAUUCAAGGCAUGAAUGGAGAUUCAGAAUUUCCACUGGAAGAACUUUUGCUGGUCAUUUCAAACGUUAAACCUGUUUCGAGUAAAGUAUUACAAAAUCUUGACGAAGAAACAAAAUUGCAGUUGGAAAGAUUUUUACUUGUAAUAGGAAAUGGUGAUACGUCUAUACUUAUGUCUCCUGAAAUGUCGAACAUAAUGAAAGAUUUGCUUACAAAACUGAGAGAAAUCGAUGUUACCGGAAAAACAGGAGAAGGUGAAAUGGGAGACUUGGUUACCCAGUCAAAGAAAGCUUGUGAAGCAAUGUGUAAAUUCCAGAGAAUGUGUUUGAACAAAAACUCUAACAAUUGUAAAUCUUGUAUAUUGGAAUGUACUGAGAAACUUGGAGAAAAUAAAAAUUUAAAAACACCAGAGGGAAUAAAACUUCUCGAACAAUUAACAGAAUCUGUAAAAAUAAAUGUAGAUGGAUCAAUCACUGUUAAUUCUGACACCGACAAAUAUCUGGCAAAACUGACACAGGUUAUUCACGGUCAUGCUAGCACAGCAUCGCCUACGAUGCCGGCACAGACAACGAAGCCAGUACAAUUUUUAUCGACUAAAAGGGUGUGUAAAAUGGAAUGUGCGGAUAGAUGCAUGAAUAGAACAAGCAGGAGAGAAAUUUUGGAUGAAGUUCCAAGAAAAUGUCGAUCUUGUAUUAGAACGAUCUGCAAUUUAUUCCGAAUGUACAAUACUGACUGCCCAUUUGACACAAUGAAAAAUCAAUGUAUUGAAUUCUGUCCAGUUGUGCCAAAUGAUAUAAAAGAUGUGAAUGAAGAUUGUGGGGUUUGCUUCGAGAAUUGUGUUUUACGAGAACGACAGAAGCGAAAAUUGAAAAGAAGACGGCAACGUGAUGCCUGAAAAUUGCAUUUAGAAGGAACCAAUUUUUUACUAAAUAACCCAAUUGUACCAUUAUAAACAUACUAAAAAUAUAGGAAAAAAUUAACGUGGUGGCAGGGUAGAAUAUCUUAUUAUCUAGACAUGUGUUGGUGAAAAUGACUUUUACAUUUAUCAUUUUGGCAUUUGGCAUGUUUUAGAUUUUGUAGGCAUUGGAUUUCUGUUCUAAAAAUCACUUAUUCCAUUGAAAUCUUUUAAUUCCAGUAAAAUACAAGAUAACAAUUGGGUUCGAUGGCAAUUGAUUUAUUUGAUAAUUCGGAAUUUUGUGAAUUUUAGAGAUUAGCAGAGUCCCCAUAUCCGCUGUAGUUUCAUUAUCUUUUCUUUUGCUUUUCAUUCGUGUUUAAGCAUCUUGAUACUAAAAAACGUCAUCUCUACAUGAAACAUGUAUGGUGACCGGAUAAAAAUAAAUAUAAUCCUCAUGUCUCAUGUAGAUCAGUGGUUUCUAUAUGACCCUUGAUGAGACAAAAUUAGGUAUAUCUUUUGCCUUUUGAAGAGUCCUAAAUAGGCGAUGGCGAAAGCUGGUGUUUUGGAAUUGAUAACGAAAUUUGGCAAAUGCUUUAUUUGUUCACCAUGUACUAAAAGUAAGCAAAUAGAGAAGGAUUCGAGAGAACACUUUCUUAAUUAUGUUCGGUGGGAUUUCGGUAUCGAUUCCUGUCCUGUUAAAUAUGAUUAAAUGUAUUUUAGUCGCUUGGGAUCUCUGUUGAAGGUAAAUGCCCAUUGGGAAUAUAUAUUUGAUUGUGUUGUGGCCUUCCCGAAACCGUAGUAUCAGCACGUUACUUGAGCUCGUGUAUUUACAUAUUAGCUUAUAUUGUGAUUGCACUAUUAUGAAAUCGUUAUUUCGACAUGGUUUGUUUAAUAUACGCGUUUGUGGUUUCGGUAAAACAAAGACUAUAAUAUGCUUUACCAGCUUGAAGCAUUAUGAUAUCGGUGUCAAAUUUUUUAUAGGCUCGUAUUCAAAACCAUUGGUCAAAUAUAGCACACCUCUUCAACAUGACUGUUAGCUCUAUUCCAGGUCAUUUGGACGCGAGUUGCUUUACGUCUCCCAUCAAUUGCCAUUCACUGGAGGAUAACGCACCACAAAAACUCAAUAUGAUUUUAGUAGUUUUCUGUAUUUCAAUGGCCGCUGUAGUUUUGCUCACAAAUGAUUCAUUUUUGCUGAUCGCAAAACUAUACGACCACACGGAACAGAUACCUAACUGUGGUUGUAAAAUCGAAUAGUGCAUUUGGCAAAUCCUGCCAAGUUCCAUGUAACAAAAUUUGAUUUUCCUUGUGCACUGACCAUUUAUAUUAUAUACUUUUCAUUAUGUCCAAAUAUUUUUGAUUGUAGAAAAGUUGUUACAAGUUGAUUGUAAAAAAACGAUCACACAGUUUUCUAAAAUCAAGGAGAUAGUUAAGUAAUGUUUAAAAAGGCAUAAAUAAAUAAAAAUAAUCUGAAUAUAUUUGGUUAUUUUAUAUCAAUGACAAUUAUCUAGCGUAUUUAACACCAAU